AUGAUCGACCGCGGUGAAUUUGCCAUCGAAGAGUCUGGAACACAAAACUCGAUUGAUCUCACAGGGCCAUGGGAGGAUUGUUUCUAUCCCGGACAGAGAGUUGUCAUGAGCAUGAUCUUCAAGCAGCAGCAAAGGCAUCCCGGUACUACAUGCCCUCGAUGUUACACAGAGCACCAAGAGUCAGCUAGAAAGGAAACAACCUGCAUCACCUGUGGCACUGUCUUUCGUCGCAUUGAGGAAGUCGUUGAGCAAAACGCGACAUCACCCGACAGUCCUGACUACGCCCAUAUGAGAGAGCCCCUAGAGGAUGCAUCAAAGAACCUCCACAAGUUUCGGCGCAUCCAAAUCAUUACUAUAUCAGAUACUCAAGACACACGCGAGCGCUCUUGGGAAGAAAACCUGGAUAUGACCCUCAACAUGAAUGGAAUGACAAUUCGCUUUGCUGAGGAAACCCUCACUAGCAAGUCCAUCAGCAUUCGCACAGGUGAUCAAGGAGCCAUGCAGUUUAAUGUUACUGAUGGCACCACCCGUCGGCCCAGAAGAUACUUUCAGGGGUCUUCCUACUACUCUGAGAAUAUGCUUACGGGCGACUCUAGCCGCCGAGUGCAGGAAGAUGGAAGACGUGUUGCAAGCGAACGAGACGACCAACGAUCUGUAAGAUUUGCUCACCAGCCUAGCCACCGAGCAGGCCGGUCUAGGGCUUACAGCAGAAGAUAUCAGAUAUAA